GAUUUCAGAUGUUGCUAUCGUCUAUCUACUGCGACAGUAAUAUGAAAGAGCAGGGGUCGCACAUUUUACGCGUCAUUUGUUAUGUGGUAAAUAAUGGCGGCGGAAGGCUUAGAGGACCUGAGCAACAACGGGGAACUCACAAACCCUCCAGAGCUUCAUGAGUCUGAGGUUGCAGACCUUCCCAAACCAGAUGUAGUGGAGUCAGUGAAGAGCGGUGCUGAUGGAGGAGACACAGGCGUCUCAACGGCACCCUACACAGCAGAAGGAGUAGAGGAGGAGGAGGGAGAGAUGCCGACAGACUUCGAGAGACUUUGGAAACAUACCAGUGACAAUCCUCAAGAUUUUAACAGCUGGACUGACCUUCUGCAGUAUUGUGAACAAGAGGGCCACAUGAGAGCUUACCGUCAAGCCCUGAAUGCAUUUCUGGUCAGGUAUCCUCUGUGCUACGGUUACUGGAAAAAGUUUGCGGACCUUGAGAGACAGGCCGGACACAACGAUAAGGCUGAAGAGGUGUGUGAACGAGGUUUGAAGGCCAUUCCUCUCAGUGUUGAUCUCUGGAUCCACUACAUCAACCUUCUGCUGGGAACACUCAACAUGAACUUGCCAGAGUCAACACGGCGCAUCCGCAGCGUGUUUGAGGAGGCAGUUGCAGCCGCUGGCUGGGACUUCCAUUCAGACAGGCUGUGGGAUCUGUACGCCGAGUGGGAGAAGGAGCAGGCCAACCUGAAGUCCAUGACCAGUGUCUAUGACCGAGUACUGAGGGUCCCCACACAGCUCUACAACACACAUUAUGAAAAACUGAAAACUCACCUAACCUCCCACCCGCCUCAGGACGUCCUGUCUCCUGAGGAGUACAGUAAGGUGAGGACUGAGUACAAACAGAGCCAGAUUCAAGCCAAAAAAGAAAGAUCUGAUAUCACUGCAGAUGAAGAGGAGAGGCCGCCAGGGGAGGAAGAGUCUGCAGACAACGGCAAGGACUCGGAAGAAGCAGUGCAGAAGAUGCAGGAGCUCCUGUUGGUCAGCAGAGAGGAAAUGUACCAACAAAAUGAGGCAGAAGUCAGGAAGAGAUGGAACUAUGAGGAUGCUAUUAAAAGGCCGUAUUUCCACGUGAAGCCUCUGGAUAGAGCUCAGUUGAAAGCCUGGCAGAGCUAUCUGGACUGGGAGAUAGCAGAAGCUGAAACAGCUGCAAUGGCUGCUGAUGGGGCGGCCGUGGAAGGCCAUGAAGAUUCAAAACAAGAAUGUGUAGCUGGGCACGAGAGAGUACUGAUUCUGUUUGAGCGCUGUCUCAUUGCUUGUGCACUCUAUGAGGAAUUCUGGGAUAAAUAUGUGCAUUACCUGGAGCCAUGCGGGCUGGAGGAGGUGCGUAAUGUGUACCGCAGAGCUUGUGAAAUCCAUCUUCCGUACAAACACAGCAUCCACCUUCAGUGGGCCUCAUUUGAGGAAAAACAUGGUAAUACUUCAGAGGCACGGCGUAUUCUAGAAUCCCUUGAGAUAACAUUGCCUGGUUUGGCUGCUGUGCGUCUGAGGAGGGUAGGUCUGGAGCGGAGAGCAGGGCGUUUAGAUGUGGCAGAGUCACUGCUGAAGGAGACGGUGGACCAAAGUAAAGACAACCCCACACUCCACGCCUUCUACUCCAUCAAACUGUCUCGCUUCCUUCACAAGCUGUGCAAGAACCCUGCGAGGGCCCGCGCUGUUCUACAGGAAGCCAUAGAGCUGAGUCCGGAUAAUGGUAGAUUGUACCAGAACCUUCUGGAGCUGGAGAUGUCAGGUGACCUGCGGGCUAAUGGAGGUGGUGUUCAGCAGUGUGUGGCCAAAGCGCUUGCUGCUCCUCUCUCCCCAAAGACCAAAAUACUUUUCUCUCAGCGCAGCCUGCAAUUUGCUGAGGACUUUGGGACCACAGUACAGAGUGUCUUGAGCAUAUAUGAGGAGCACCAGAAGCUGCUAAAGGAACACAAUGCAAAGAGAGGAGCAGAGAAUGGCGAUAAUGACGAUCCAGAAAAGAUGAACAAAAUGGACGAUGGAUCUGCCUUGACGGCGCCUCCACAGACUGCUCCACCCAUGAUGCCUCACGUUCCCAUGACAACACCACCUCCCUCUAUGAUGGGCGGAGACAUGAGUGGAUCAUAUGGAAGCUAUGGCAGCUGGUAUCAGCAGUAUGGAGGGUAUGGCAGCUACCAAAACCCAUGGAACCAGUAUAAUCAGUACUACCCUCCCAGCUAAAUCUCUUCAGAGACGGAGGUCUGGGGUGCUGCUUCAUGUGAUCCACUCACACAUCCUCAAUCCCCCGAAAGCCGUAGCAGUGCGUAACUUGAGCCAGUGUUAAAAGAGUGAGGGAUAAAAUGUAUAAACCUAUUACUGUGUUUUUAAAGGGCGUGACCCUGUCUUUCCCUGAAAUUUUUGUACUACGUGCCACCUUGCAACUUAAAAUGCAUUUGUAUAUAUAUAAAUAUAUACUGGUUCAUACUUACUUUUGAAGUAAUUUAUCUGUGAAUUAAGUUACAUUUACUGACUCCCUGAAAUGUAUUGUGAACAUUUUUCCAUUGACCAUUUUGUACCAAGUUCUUUUAAAAUGUGUAAAAUUCAGUUUAUUCUGUACAGUCACUGUAUUAUAAUUUUAAUAAAAUAUAAUAUACAUAAAACAA